AUGUAUGGCUUCGUGACUGUUGCCAUUGGCGUAGGGACAUCGGGCGGACCACUUGUGGCUGGGGUUCUGUUCGAUGUAGGCGGGUAUUGGGUGGCAUGGUCGAGUGUGCUUUUCGUUAUUGUGUUUGAUGUGAUUCUGCGAUGUCUGAUGCUGGAGCGGUCGCGGGAAACUAGCGAACCUGUUCGCACGGAUCGGGACGGGCAGGAUCCAGAGAGGGAGACACUUUUGCCACCAUCAACUGAUCCAGAACCACAGGUAAGCAGUCAAGCUCUAUCGGAAAAAACGGGUAUACAAUUCUAUCUAUGCCUGUGUGGCAACGGUCGCUUCGUUGGCGGGGUAGUUAGUUAUUUCUGCUACGCCAUUCUAACCGCCAGCUUCGACACGACCCUUCCUCUCCAUGUGCGCGAUGCCUUUCAUUGGGGAAGCCUCCCCGCUGGUUUGUUAUUUGCCGCUCUCCAGGGCCCCGCGGUGUUCUUUAGUGUUCCUGUGGGCUGGCUGAAGGAUCGGGUGGGGACUCGAUACCCGACCACGAUCGGGUUUGCCCUUCUGGUACCUUUAAUGUGGCUGAUCGGUGUGCCUGGGGACGAACGGUUUCCCUGGGCUUGUGAAGAGAAGAUUGGUUCGAUCAUAUACAGCGUAGCUGUCACAUGUAUCGGGAUUGUGAUAUGCUUGCUCAACGGGGUGGGUAUGAUGGAAGCCACUCAAGCGGUUGAUGAGAUCGAAGGAGAGAGCGCCGGAAUCUUUGGUCCGAAUGGCGGGUAUUCGAGGGCGAUAUCAGUGUCUAGUAUCAGUUGGACACUGGGGAUGUUUAUUGGGCCGAUUAUCUCCGGAUAUGGUACGGAAAAAAUCGGAUACUAUGGAAUGAAUUGUGUGUUGGCGGGGAUAUGCGGCCUAUGUUCCUUCACCGCCUUCUGGAAUUUAAAGUCAUCUGUGCCCCAACGGCCGAGUCAGAAGCAGACGUCUUCUGGUGGAGUUUCGAAAUAA